UCCAAGACUACAUUUCCCAGAGGAACUAGAGUCCCUGGCACGGGGACUUGGACUCAAUUUCCCAGAAGACGUUUCGACAUCGAGUAGUUUAAUGCUCUUACAGCCUUUAGGAACCUGAUGAGACUGCCGGGAAAUGAGUCCGCGCGGAGCAUUAGAGUGUGCGCAGGCGUGGUUGGACUUGGGAUUUAGAGAUCGGGACUUUUGUGGAGCGGCAUAGGUGGACGGUGGUAAAGAGUGAUGCAGUAGAAGGAGGUUGUCUCUCUGCCAGGAAUACAGAUGGGUGGCCUCUCCUCGCUUACCAAAAAAAGUUCCCAUUGGAGAAUCCGCGCCUUUGCUGUCCCUCAGAUGCUUUAAGUCCUUUGUCUGUGGGAGAAUCUGGAGUUCAAGGAAAAGACUACAUUCAAGAUAAGGAAUCCAACCUAGAAGUCCCAUUCAAUGGACCUUCAGGUCAUUUCAGUCCAAGAGGGACUAGCAGACACUGAACCCACUCCAGGAACUUGGCAGUCCAAGGUUGAGUCCAGAGUUCUGCACAGAGAAAGUCCGGUUCAUUUCCAUACUACUGUAAUUCCUUCCUGUUCUCCCCAGGAAGUUGGUUGGGCACACAACAACCAGAGAGCUGUAAGAAAGCAGCAACCAUGGUGGAGAAUUUGCUCCAAAGGUUUGGGGACAGAGCCCAGUAUUCUCAGGACUCUGCCUUCAAGGAGGGAAUACAGAAAGGAGGGGACAGCAGCUGUAUGCCUGACAUUCAGAUACAAGGAAUCAGUAACAUUCAAGGAUGUUGCUGUGAAUUUUACCCAGGAGGAGUGGGAGCAACUGAACCCUUUUCAGAGAGACCUUUACAGGGAUGUGAUGCUGGAGAACUAUGGGAAUCUCGUUUCACUGGGUCUUUCCAUUUCCAAACCUCAUGUGAUCUUCCUGUUGGAGCAAGGGAAAGAGCCAUGGAUACAUAAGCUACAGAGAACUGGAGAGAGAUGUGUGCCAAAAAUUAUUUCUCCAGAUUGGGAGAGUAGGCUUGAAAUUCAGGAAUCAAUUCCAACAUUUGGAGUAGUCCAUGUACUUCAUAAUCAGUUGGAGAAGAGGGAGAACUCUGAAGAAGAGACAUGGGAGAAAUCUCUUUCCCCUGAGAAAGAUUUCAAACAAGUGUCAAUUAUCUCCCAACAAAAUCCUACUCAGGAAAGAGGCUGUGAAUGUAAUGAAUGUGGAAAAACCUUCAUUGAUGACUCAUCUCUUAUUCAACAUCAGAUAAUUCACACUGCAGAAAAGUCCUAUAAUUGUCAAAAAGUCUCUGAUUGUUCUUCUGCUACAGUACAUCAGACAAUUCAUAAUGGGGAAGCUCCCUAUGAAUGUUAUGAAUGUGGGAAAGUCUUUAGGUGGAAAUGCAAUCUUACUCGACACCAGCUAAUACAUACUGGAGAGAAGGCUUAUGAAUGUAAUGAAUGUGGGAAAGCCUUCUUUGACAGAUCAGCCCUUACUCAACAUCAAAGAAUUCAUAGAGAGAAACGUUAUAAAUGUAGUGAAUGUGGAAAAGCGUUGUCUAAACAAUCAUCCCUUAUUGAACAUGAAAGAACUCAUACUGGAGAGAAACCCUAUGAAUGUGAUGAAUGUGGAAAAGCCUUCACUCUGAAACGUAAUCUUACUAGACAUCUGUUAAUUCAUGCUGAAGAGAAACCUUUCAUUUGCACUUCAUGUGGGAAAGAUUACAGUAGUAAGUCAUCUCUCAUUCAACAUCAACGACGUUCUCUCAAAUAUUAACCUGGGUAAUAUAAUAAGUUCAGAGAAUACUUCGUUGACAUUUCUCAUUUUGUUAAUACCUAAUAAUUAAGGUGGGGAUAUAAAGCACCAGCCCUGGCUUUAGGAGGACCUGAGUUCAAAUCUGGCCUCAGAUACUUGACACUUACUAGCUGUGUGACCCUAGGCAAGUCACUUAACCCUUAUUGCCCUGCAAAAAAAAAAAUCAAGGUGGAAAAAGAAAUAAUGUUUUAAAAUUGUUCUUAGCUUAAAUGUUUUUACAAAUGUUUCUCCUUUAGGUUAUUUUUACUAUUGUUAAUAAUAAUGGCUAGCAUUUUGUAACACUUUAAGGUUUACAAAACACUUUACAACCAUCUCAUUUUAUGCUCACAG